AUGCUGGGGAGCCUUCAGAGAAUCGGAGCGCGAGCAGACUGCAGAUGUUGCCAAUCGAUCCUUCCAGCUUUACUGGAAACAGGCCUGAUCACUGAAUCCGAGAUUAGUGCUUUGGAAGCCCGUCUCAGAUUUGACGGCAAGAACUUUUUCUGCGAUCUUACAUCAUGCGGAACGGAUUAUGAGGAUAGCAGGGGUCCAAUGCUGAUACCGACUUCUCCAGUGGAGGGCAUCAGCCCCCUCAACGGACGUCCGUUCGGGCGGGUGAUGGAUGUUCAUAGGAUCGAGAUCAGUAUGAUCCGCGAAUGGAUCACAGCAUGCGAUCAUUGUCAUGGCUGUGAGGUUGGCUGUGAGGUCCCACAGUGGCCCCCGGAGAUCUCUUCAGGGCUGCCCCAAUGGCUGUACCUGAUCGACUUGCAGCAGCAGUGCUUGGUACAGGUUCCUUGUAGCAUGACCCCACAGUACAUUGCACUCAGCUAUGUGUGGGGCGGGGUGAAAAUGCUUCAGACCACCACGGAGAAUUUAAUAGCAUUGCAACAGCCGGGGUCUCUGUUACUGGAACAUGAUCAACCCAUCCCGCGGACCAUCACGGAUGCAAUGCAUUUGGCUUCCAAGCUUCGGUGUCCCUAUCUGUGGACCGACUGCCUCUGCAUUGUCCAGGAUGACGUUGCAACCAAGAGGCUAUUUAUCAAGGCUAUGUCUCUGAUUUAUGCUCGAUCAUAUCUCACCAUUGUUGCAGGUGAGGGAAUAGAUGGAAACUCUGGGAUUCCCGGAAUCAAGGACUGCACCAGACGUCGGGACAUCCUGUGCCGAUACUUGGAAUUCCCCGAUUGUGUGAUGAUGACCGAGCAUAUUGUGGAUUUCAUGCAUCAAACGGAGUGCCGGGGUACAGUGUGGCAAACUCGUGGCUGGACCUUUCAGGAAGCUUUCUUCUCAAGGCGCCUCCUCGUGUUCAAUGGGACCGUCACCAUGAUUUGUGGAAGCUUUGAGAGCCAGGAGUGGCUGCGUGCUGCUCACGGACAUCAAACAACCUCGAUCAGUGGGCCCGUCGAACACCGGACCUACCCGGGGUUUAUAUCUGAACUACCCACCUGGCCGAGCUUGAAACAAUUAGCACAUAUUGUGAUGCUUUACAACAAACGCAAUUUGACCUUGGACGACGACAUCGUUGCAGCAUUCGAGGGGAUCGCCAGAAUUAUGCAGCAGGGCUUCCAUACAGGGUUUCAUUUCGGACUGCCCGAGUUGUUCUUCGACGCUGCCUUACUGUGGGAGGCCGAUAAACGCAGUCCAGAACCUCUCAAACAACGCAACCCCCGCGAACUUGAAUUGCCUAGCUGGUCAUGGAUGAAUGCAAAAGGCUCUUUGUUCUUAGACCUCUGGUUAUGCUUUGGAAAUGACUUCUACAAAGAUAUCAGAGACAGCUCCGUUCGGUACGAGCUAAAACCUCUUAUCCGAUGGAAAACCACAAUAGCGGGCACGACAACCGCAUUACCGAAAGUGACUCGAUCUCCAACCUUCCAAGACCAGAGCCGUAUGCCACGCGGCUGGACGGCUCAUUCCCGCUCGAAAGGCAGCACUCAGGUGUAUGUGCAUUCGUCCUCCAGCGAGAUGUAUCCCUAUCCGUUUCCAGUCGCAGACACCACAGCCAAGCAGCACAUGGACACGGUUGAGUACAGUCCAAGUCUACACUUCACCGCCGACCGAGCCUGGCUUCACAAAGCGGAAGCGGUAACUGUCCAUCCUAGCUUGAGACACCGCAUGACCGGCGCCUAUAGCCUUCGUGAUCAUGAAGGAAAGUGGAUUGGGGCCUUAUCCAGUGAUCGUACGACGAGCGAAGAAGAUGAACAAGGGCAAUGUGAGUUUAUCAGCAUAUCUAAGGCUCGAGUCCGGGGUGAGACCCACUUCGCGCUGUGGGAAUGGGAUUUGGAUGAGCAUCCAUCUGGCGAUCAAGCGCAACCGGAUUGUUCCUUCUAUAAUGUCAUGUGGAUCCGACGAGAAGAAGGGAGAUGUUUUCGGAAAGGAAUUGCAAGAGUUUUGGCAGACCACUGGGAGGGGCUUAACCAUGAGAGGAUCCAAGUGGAGCUUGGAUGA